AUGAGUGUUACUUCUCUGGACUCGCCACAUGGUGUUUUUGCAGCCAAACCAUCAUCUGUCUAUGAUCCGUUCCAAUUGGCUGGGUUUUUCAAUGAAACUUACCAUAGAUGGAAUACUAGAUGGUUGGGGCUGGAUAUGCCUCAGUUUGUUAACCAAACAAGUGGCAAUUCAGCCUUUCUUCCUUAUCCUUCGGUUACUCGGUUUCUCCCUUUCGUCUCUGCCACUGGUGAAUGGCCUACCUUCGCCUCCAUGCAAAAGAUCAUCACUUCUGCAACAACCUUGAAUGUGCUUUUCUGGGCAGCUCUCUUUUUCUUGUUCUUUUAUUGGUGGCGGGUGGCUGGCAAUAGACUCAGGGUCAUUCAGGCCCAGGAGGCGGAGCUUGCUGGGAUCAGAAAGGGGUACGAUGCAAUGAACCAGUUCGUUUUGGGCCUCAGCCGUCCAGUUACCAGUCCCAUCGAUACUGUUGGGUUUCUCACUUCUUGUCCUCUUACGCCAGAGCAACAGAGGCAACUCCAGCAGGCGGUAGCCACUAUCACGGCCCUUUCGGUUCAGUAUCAAACUGUGAAGUCUAUCAACUACCAGAACUUUCCCGCUGCCAUUGUUCCACCCAAAGGAUCCACCAAGGGAUCAUCAGAACACGCAAAACAUUGUUCUGACUCGCUGCUGCCAGGAAACCAUCCACCCAACGUGUGGCUCAAGCCAGCGUUCAAGAAAGUGGUAGAAGUGCCCAAGAAAGCUCUCACGUAUGUGGCCCCAACCAAAAUCCAAGCAGCUAAGGUGACGACACCAGCACUGUUGGUGCAACCAGCUCGUCUGGCUGCAACUAGACCAUCGUUCGACAUCUCGUCAGCAGAAGGCAGAGCUGCUCUUAGAAGCUACAUAGAAAAGCAGAUGGAGACCAAAAAGGGCCAAACCGGCACCAAAACAGGAGAAAGCGCCCCUAGCUGUCAAGAAGCCAUCCCAACCAAAAGCGAGAUCCUAGCGGUUGAACCUGCCAUGCUGCCAGAGAGUCUGGAGCCCCGUCCCACAUACGCACAAGUGUGUAAAUACGACCCGGUAACAAAGAAGAAGUACAGAAGGGUUUUCGUUCCCAACCGAGGAUGGGUAUCGAUGCACCGGUUUGAGCAAGAAGAACAGGUUUACGGCAGCGGCAAUACGGUCAGAAGCAAAGCGGAGGUUGGUACUGCCUAA